AUGAUCAGUACAUCCACGCUCAGAGCCUCUCCCGACCUCGCUUCCCUUUCCCUACGACCUCACGAUGCCGUUGACCGACCGUCUUCACGGGCGCACAAGCCCGGCCCCGAUUCCGACGAGAUUCCUAUAAGAUACUCCACAGAUAGCAUCGUCAACAGUUCGGAGGACGAAAGAGCAAUGCCUUCAGCCUUUACUUCAGGAGUGAACGGUCACAACGGUUACUACAAGAAAGAUUUGCCCAGAUUACAAGCUAUCGGAGAAUCAGAGAACGGCGAUCAAUAUGCGCCCGUGCUCGAAGAUGACCCCUCGUCGUUUGAUCUCGUAGCGCCUCCGCCCGCAGAACAGGAAGAUACCUUCUCGGUGUUGGAAAAGCAGACACAGGCACUCUUUUCCAGAAGCCAUUUGCAGGUCAUCUUCGCGGACCCCGGACUGCUUCUCAAAUUCACGUCUUUUCUCGGUGCUCACAGACCACAGUCCGUGCCGAUCCUCGUCCACUAUCUGGAUUCUCUCAAAUCCCUCCGAGCGAUUCACUAUGCAAAUGCGAUCUGCGAAGGAUUGGAUCCCGUUGAAGGAUUGGACUUUACGCAAAAGCCGGUCAAACUUACUAUCAAUACUACAUUGGAAGAUCGCGCACACAGGGCGUUUGAAGUACUGGUAAACCAAGAGCUACCAGCAUUCAUCGCACACCAGUAUAUCCAGGUUGUCAGUGCUAGCGUAACUGCGAGAAUCACUGGUGCUCUUUCGCCUCUUCUGAGAGAGGCUUCGGACGGGUUGGCGGAAGUGUUUUGUUUGACGGAUCCAUCACGGCAGGACAAUCCGAUCGUAUUCGCAUCCGAAGAAUUCAACCGGAUCACGCAAUAUGGCAUGAAUUACAUUGUUGGUCGCAAUUGCAGAUUUCUGCAGGGUCCCAUGACAAACCCACUCAGUAUCAACAGAAUACGAGAUGCAAUCAAGGCUGGCAAGCAGCAUCAAGAAGUCGUAUUGAAUUACCGGAGAGAUGGCUCUCCGUUUGUAAACUUACUUCUGAUUGCACCGCUUGCUGACAGUCGCGGCGUUGUACGAUAUCAUAUCGGAGCACAAGUCGACGUCAGCGGACUGGUCAAGGACUGUGCAGAGAUGGAGUCACUUCAAAAGCUGAUGGAACUUCGCGCUCGAGGCGAGGAUCCGCCACUACCGGAAAAGCCAAACCCGGAGAAGAACGAUGAAUUGCGCGAAUUGAGCGAAAUGCUCAAUCAAGGAGAGCUCAAUACCAUCCGCCGGUACGGAGGGAGGAUGCAUCGUGAAGUGGCCGAUGAGGAUCUCGAGAGUGUUAGCUCGCAGCAACCGCGACUGUUGCUAAAAGACCCGGACACAAUGACCCCACCUGCGGGUAGCAUCAAUGGCAGGUUGACUGGUGUCUAUCAACACUAUCUACUUGUCCGGCCAUACCCUUCCUUACGCAUCCUCUUUGCCAGCCCUACACAGAGACUGCCUGGUGUCCUACAAUCGCCCUUCAUGAACAAAAUUGGCGGAUCGAGUCGUGUCAAAGAGGAGCUCACAGCAGCAUUUGCCGAAGGCCGAGGCGUCACAGCAAAAGUACGAUGGAUCAGCAGAGGCGACGAGCAAGGCAAGAACAAGUGGAUCCAUUGCACGCCUUUGGUAGGCCACCAUGGUCAGAUUGGGGUUUGGAUGGUUGUCAUUGUCGACGACGAGCAGAGCAAUGAAAGAUGGUCACAUGCAGCUGGACGGCUACCUCCGUCCGUGGCCACACCCGAGAGACCACGGACCCCGGGUAGUGGACUGAACGGCCAGAGAGUAUUCAGCCCAACUCAAAACAGCUCCGCCAACAUGAACGGGUCGCAUUAUGAGCAUAAUGGUAGUGGCAGUGCAGGGAGUGGCAGCGUCACAAGUUUCAGAAUUGGUUGA